AUGGCUUAUGUGGUGGAGAGGUUUGGCCGUUUCCAUCGCGUGCUUACCCCAGGUCUGCACUUUUUGAUCCCUUUGGUAGACAGACUGGCGUACAUACAUUCGCUGAAGGAGGAGGCUCUUACAAUUCCCAACCAAACAGCCAUUACGCGCGACAAUGUCACUUUACAGAUUGACGGAGUCCUGUACGUGCAAAUAAAAGAUGCCUACAAAGCGUCUUACGGAGUUGAAAACCCCAUUUUCGCCGUCACCCAGCUGGCCCAAACAACUAUGCGAUCUGAACUGGGGAAGCUGACUCUGGAUAACACAUUCCUCGAGAGAAAUGCUCUUAACAAGACAAUUGUAGAAGCAAUAAAUACCGCAGCGGGGCCGUGGGGGUUGACAUGCCUCCGUUAUGAAAUUCGUGACAUCCUCUUGCCAGCGAACAUUAGAAGUGCGAUGGAGCGACAGGCCGAGGCGGAGCGACUAAAAAGGGCUGAAGUGCUGCGAAGCGAAGGCGAGAGGGCACGGCUUGUGAACAUAGCUUUGGGGCAGAAGGAAGCCACAAUUUUGAAUGCUGAGGGACAGGCAGAGGCCGUUAGACAACGGGCAGCGGCAGCAGCGGAGAGUGUACGAAAGAUAGCCGACACAACUAGCAUUCCAGGAGGCAUGCAAGCACUGAGUUUGCAGCUCGCUGAGAACUAUGUAGCUGCCUUCGGCAGACUGGCGGAAGGCAGCAAUACGCUCAUUGUUCCCGCAGACGCCGCCAACCCUUCGCGACUGCUCGGCCAGGCUUUGGGGGUCUUCAGGGCCGUUGACAGAAGCUUGGCAGAGGCGCCUCCAACUUCGCCGCCGAGCCCGAACCCCCCGGCGGCCAGCAACUGA